AUGGGUAGAGAAAAUCAGGUAACGAGGUUUAAAAGUAUCGAGUUAUGAAGAAUUAAAAGAAGUAUUAAUAGAAAACUUUGGAAUACAGCAGACAGUAGGACAAUUACAAUUAGAGUUAGCAAAUGAAGGAAUAAAGGUAUACUAUGAAAAAUUGGAGGCGCUCUGUUUUCAAUUAAUAGAAGCACUGUUAUUGGAGAAUACAAAGAAAGCUGAGGAAACAGUUAUUAAUAAAAUGAUUAAAAAACAGGCAUUACCAGUAUUUGUAGCAGUUUUAAUGGAACCUUAUCAUGUGUUGGUGAAAUCCCAGAAUAAAAAUACAUUGAGAGAAGCUUAUCAGGCAGCAUUAGAGGCAGAAAAGACAAUGCACAGGAACAUAAUAGGAAAUUAUUUAUAA